CUAACCCGGAAGAAAAAUAUAUCAGUCAUUUUGCCACAGAGUUUGUCGAUGGAAAUAAACUAGCAGCGCUUCUGGAGUAUCAGUGUGAAUUAACACUCCCUUUUCAACAUGGGGAAAUCGUUUGCUAAUUUCAUGUGCAAAAAGGAUUUUCAUCCUGCAUCGAAAUCAAAUAUUAAGAAGGUAUGGAUAGCGGAGCAGAAACUAACCUUCGAAAAAAAGAAACAAGAGGACCUCAUGCAGGCUUAUGUGAAGGAGCAGGACGUGUAUGACAACAGAGUGUUGAUGGGCGAUGACCGGGUGAAGAAUGGUCUCAAUUUCAUGUACGAGGCUCCACCGGGAGCAGAUAAAGAGGAAACAAAGGAGGAUGGGGAAUCUGAAUACAAGUUUGAAUGGCAAAAAACUGCUCCUCGUGAGAAAUAUGCAAAGGAUGACAUGAAUAUCAGAGAUCAGCCUUUUGGCAUUCAGGUCCGCAAUGUCCGGUGCAUUAAAUGUCACAAAUGGGGCCAUGUGAACACAGACAGGGAGUGCCCUCUCUUCGGCCUCUCGGGGAUCAAUGCCAGCUCAGUGGCCACAGAGGAAGCAGGUCCGUCGAUGCACCCCUCCGAGUUAAUGGCAGAGAUGCGAAACAGUGGGUUUGCGCUGAAGAAAUGUGUCCUUGGGAGGAACGCUACUGUUUGCGAUCUGGGGCAGGAUUUUGUUGGAAGUGAAGAGGAAGAAGAUCCUGAGGUUGAGUUUCUGAAGUCCUUGACCACAAAGCAGAAACAGAAGCUACUCAGGAAACUUGAUCGUCUGGAGAAGAAGAAGCAGAAGAAGAAGAGCCGAAAGCAGAAGAAGAAGAGGAAGAGCAAGCAGCAGAAGAAGAAGCAGGACCGCAAGACUGACAGCUCCUCUUCAGACAGCAGCAGCAGCAGCAGCAGCAGCAGUGAGUCGGAGUCUGAAGACGAAGGCAAGUCCCACAGCAGAAAGAAGAAGAGGGACAAGAAGAAGCAGAAGAAGAAGGACUCCUCCAGCAGCAGUGAGUCGGAGUCUGAAGACGAAGGCAAAGGCAAGUCCCACAGCAGAAAGAGGAAGAGGGACAAGAAGAAGCAGAAGAAGCAGAAGAAGGACUCCUCCAGCAGCAGCAGCUCUGACAGUGAGAGUGAGGACGGACCACGGAGAAAGGCCAAGGAGGCCCAUGGCAGGAACAGAUCACGGAGCCCUGCAUCCAGCCACCGGCGGCAGACGGACAACCCUAAAGACGAGGGCGAGGACAGGGGCAAGAGACGCCAGAGCCCACGCCAGGACAGGCCCAGGAACAGCAGCAAAGACCAGCAGGACAGGAACAGCAGCAAAGACCAGCAGGACAGGCCCAGGAACAUCAGCAAAGACCAAGAGGACAGGCCCGGGAACAUCAGCAAAGACCAAGAGGACAGGCCCGGGAACAUCAGCAAAGACCAGCAGGACAGGCCCAGGAACAUCAGCAAAGACCAAGAGGACAGGCCCGGGAACAUCAGCAAAGACCAGCAGGACAGGAACAGCAGCAAAGACCAGCAGGACAGGAACAGCAGCAGAGACCAACAGGACAGGAACAGCAGCAGAGACCAACAGGACAGGAACAGCAGCAGAGACCAACAGGACAGGAACAGCAGCAAAGACCAUCAGGACAGGCCCAGGAACAGCAGCAGAGACAAACAGGAAAGAGGCGGCGGGAGAGAGAGGAUCCGAAGCGCUGAUAGGGACAGGAGCGUGCGAGAGAAGGAGAGAUCAGACGGCGACAGGAGAGAGAGAGCGCACAACCAGAGCAGGGGGAGAGAACGCACUGAGAGAGACAGGAGCCGGAGCCGGGACCGAGGGACAGAAAGAUCCAGAAGAGAGAGAAGUAAGAGCCCAGACCGAGGCCGAGCCACGAGGGGGAGGAGCAGAAGUCACAGCAGAGACCGAGGGGCAGCGGGAGCGGCCAGAGACAGAAGCAGAGACAGAGGGAAGAGUGUGAAGGAGAGGAGCAGGAGUCAGGACGGGAAUGAUGGGAGGAAUAAAAGAGAAAGUGGAGAGAGAGAAGAAAAGAAGCACAGAAACUGACGUGGCCCUGUCAGAAGGCAAAGAGAAAAAUCUGUGGCAAAUUCAUGUUUAACGAGAUGGCACACGUCUCUCUACUGUCAGCUCCACUCUUUUUUGGGACUACGCUAGUGCUCUUUUUUAAGUUUCUUUUCCAACAUGUUGUCUUGCUUAGUCAAAAUCCAAAUCCCUGUGUUGGUCAUUCUCCAGGCUCAUACGAUUAUAUGGAAUUUGUUUUGUAAGAAAUUUGAGUCUUUAGAGUUUUAUUAUAUUUCAUGUUUGUAAAACCCGCUUUCUCUCAUUUAUUAAUUAAUCUUGAUGUCAUGGGGGAUUUUUUUUUUUUUUUUUUUUUUUUUUAAAGGAAGUAGUCCACACGAGGGCGUUAGCGGACUGCCAUGUGUGUAAAGCGGAACGAAAUUGAUUAAAUGGUUUUAUGGA